UAACAAAGGAGAAUUUCUAUUUUUGCUGGAAACCUACAAUACAUUUAGCAAAGAAGAAACCAGAAAGUUAGCAGAGAAAUGGAGAAAAUGGUACUGAUCCGAUCUUUGUAUCGAUCGAUAUGCCGCAGAUCUACGGUCUUCUCCGCCACCGCCGCCGGUACAACCUCCGCCUUCAACCACCAGUCCUUCCGCCACCUCCAUUUCUCACCCCAGUCUUUCUCGGCUUCUCCGAGAAACCCUGUUACUGAAUGUCAGCUUCCUUUCACAAUGGCAAUGGGAAGCAUGCGUUCUUUCAGUGAGGAUGUAUGUCACAUGCCUAAUAUAGAAGAUUCUGAGGUCAAACGCUCUUUUAAAGACUUAAUGGCUGCAAGCUGGGAUGAGCUCCCAGAUGCUGUCGUCUACGAUGCAAAGAAUGCACUGUCCAAAACUACUGACGACGAGGCUGGCCAGGAAGCUUUGGCGAAUGUUUUCCGCGCUGCUGAGGCAGUAGAAGAGUUCACGGGGAUUCUUACAUCUCUGAAAAUGGAAAUCGAUGAUGCUAUCGGUUUAAGUGGUGAGGAUGUGAAGCCUUUGUCAAAAGAAUUCUCUGAUGCACUGCAUACAGUAUUUCAACGCUACAACGCGUACAUGAGUGCCUUUGGGCCAGAGGAGGAAUAUUUGAGGAAGAAAGUUGAGAUGGAGCUGGGGACUAAGAUGAUACACUUAAAGAUGCGAUGCAGUGGCCUCGAUUCUGCAUGGGGAAAGGUUACUGUACUUGGGACUUCUGGACUCGCUGGUUCUUAUGUUGAGCAAAGAGCAUAGGCCUUCCAUCAUGGAAGAAAAAACACCAUGUUUUUGUCUUCAAUCACUUGGAAAACUGUUGUUUUAGAUAAUACAGGUUGCUCCAAUAUGAUACAUUAUGUUGUACUUGAUUCUCAAGUUUGAUCAUGUGAUUACUACAACAGGCAAAUGAUAAUAAUCCUAAAAACUUGUGCAAGGAAAUACUUUCUGAAUAUUCAGAAAGUUCUAA